AUGGUCGCAUACAGACGCUACGGUUCGUGCGGCGUCACUCCCAAAGUGUUUGGAUUCGACUGGUCCACCACCGAGUUUGACCUUUGUGAUAGCAAAACCUACAAGAAAGGUGCUUGUACGAUGAACGGAGCCAUGGAUCUCGAAAUGUCAUCCAACUCACCUCCAGGCGUCUGGGACUUCGGUCUCCGUCCACAGUUCGUGUGGUGCCUCUCUUGUCUCAACAUGCAAAUGAUGAUCUGGGCCUCUGGUAAUCAUUUGGAAUAUCCCUUUUCGAUCCAGUGCCAGUUUGAAGGCACUGGCACAAGCAAAUGUCGCAACUGCAUGGAAAUCGCGUCGGAGUGCAUCUUGACGCCCGGUUUGAUGAUAGGGGAUUCCUAUGAUCUACAAAUGAUUUUCAACUGGGCCUCGUCAUUUUGGAGCGACGACCUCCAAGGCUUCACUUGGAACUCUGGGUUUCGAGGCGGCGUCGCCCGCGCCCUUCAUGAGUUGGCCGAGGCAUUUGCAGACAUUGUCCGGGCUCAUCAGCAGGAGCUCUGUACGACCGUCUCCGGCGAUAUUGGUCCCAUCGCCUACAAGACCCUAAUGGCGCAACGCCAGCAGGUCAUCCUCAAUGGAUGCACCACGUACGCCAACUACGACGGUCAACCCCUUCUGCGUCUCAUACCAGGAGACGCGGGGUAUCCCAAAUGGGGGGACGCGAAGGACAAUUUCCUUCGCCAAGUUUUGAUGGCGACUGAGGCUCACUAUACCUUCCUCCACACCAACGGCCACGAAGCCCCAACGUCGGCCACGGCUGAUAUCCCUCCAUAUCCGGGUAAUCAGCAGGACGGAACCACUGGUCCACGCAUGUGGGCCAUUCGGUCAACUUUCCCACUACCUUCCUAA